CUGGAAAAGAGUCCCCCCAACCUAGGGGGGGAUUUAUUUCCCACCAUUCGGAAAGUAGCGCCAUGAGCCUCCUCUUGGCUUUGGGCCUGCUACAAGGGACUCUGGCGCAGUGCCCCUCCCAGCAGGCCAUCGUGGCCAAUCUGACAGCGGGCUAUGACCCCACGGAGCGACCGUACAAGGGCGCCGCAAAAGUGGAAGUCUUUGUCCAGCUCUACGUCGCCUCCAUCGUGGAGGUCAUCCAGAAGCAGCAACACAUCGGCAUCGAGGGGUACUUCCGAACUUCCUGGAAGGACCCACGGCUUGCGCGAUCAGGCAACUGCUCGCAGCCCAUACUGCUGACCAAGCCCUAUGGAGUAGACCUGUGGGCGCCGGACAUCUACUUCGACAAUUCGCUCACCGAGUGGUACGGCGCUGGGAGCCUGUCCAUCAGCGAAGAGGGCGAUAUGUAUCGAUCUGAUCGAUACCAUCACGAGCUGCGGUGCCCCAUGGACUAUCACAUGCUGCCCUUCGACUCGCAGGAGUGCUUCGUGAAGAUGGCAUCCUACUCCUGGGAUAUCGACAACGUGCACACCCAGCCCUUUGUCAACGGCGCGCUGGUGUUGCCCGACGAGUACGAUGGCAACACAGAGUGGGAGUUGCUCAAUGGCAAGGACGGCAAGUUGGACUUCAAGUUGGAGACGGAGUGGUUCGGCGAGGGCGAGAAUCGGAAAGGCUACAGCUACGUCUUUGUCUACUUCCACCUCCAGCGCCGUCCCAGCUCCUACAUGAUGUUCGUCUUCGGCACGUGUGUCCUGUUUUGCUUGGUCAGCUGGUCUGGAUUGUUUAUCAACCGGACGGUGGCACCGGCGAGAGUUGCCAUCGCCGUCAUCCCGGUCCUCAUCAUCCUGAACCUGGAAACUGGCGUGACAUCGCGGCUGCCUCCUUUGAACUACCUCACCUGGUUGACCAGCUUCCUCCUCUGGUCGAAAACGCUCUCACUGAUGUGCGUCUUCGAGUAUGGCCUGGUCUCCUUCCUACUGCAGAUGGAGCAAUCCAGGGACCGCAAGUUUGAGGCUUUCAAGCACUUGGCCGGGAUCAUCAAGAAGAAGCAGGGUGAAGAGGCUGCGGAGCUCACCACGGGUGUGCGCCGGGGCUCCAUGAAGGCCUUUGGCAAGUUCUUCGCAGGUGCGGCUGAAGUGGCCCCAGAGGAGCCUGAAAGUUCCACAAGCAAGUAUUUGGACCCUACGCUCUGCGUCGACAUGGUCUUCCGGAUGUUCGACAUGGACAAGUCUGGGGACAUCUCCGCGCCGGAGAUCCAAAGAGGUUUCCGGAAACUGGGCCAGUAUUUUUCCACAGACCAGGUGGCUGAAAUCUUCAGUUCCCUGGGCGUGGACGAGGGCACUUUGCAGAAGGACAAGUUUCAGAAGCUCAUGCUGAACUUGGCCCAGCACAUGCCUGGCAAGGCCAUGAACAUCUCCUUCUGGGAGCGGCCUCCCUCCAUGCAGGUGGACAUCGUGUUCAGAUGGGCCUACCUUUUCUGCCUCCUUGUGUCCAUGAUCGUUUGGCUGGCUGCAUCUGGAGCUUGAUUGGCGUCCAGUGGGAGAUUGCACAUCUGAGGCUCAGUUGCCCACAGUUGCUCCUUCCUGUUUCCA